AUGACUGAUAACUUGGAUCGGGAAUUCACAGACAAUCCCAUGCCGCUUCCACCACAAGGACCACCCGCUGCACAGAUUCAUCGUGCACGCGCUGACCGUGCUGCGCAAUUCCCGGUUGGACACGACGGAAGACCAGCCGGACACGCUGUAAGACAAGAAAGCAAUCCCAAGCUCUGCGAAUUUAUUGAGAUUGAAGCGAAUUCGAUGGUUGAUGAUUCGAGACGAAAGAGAUCGGGAAGAUAUGAUAAUAAUAUGGAAAUGAGUCAGAAUCAUAUGCAACAAAUGAGGGCGGGAACUUAUGCCUCACAACUUCCGGCUCAUAUUCAGCAACAGAAAGCAAGUGAACCGGACGAUGGUCUGAAUCCACCACUACAUCCACGUGGAAGACCACGCGGAACUACAGCUGCUCAGCAGAGAACUGCACGAUUUGAAAAUGGUCUGGAGUUACAUCAUAUAGAGCUGCCUGUGGCAACAGAACUUUGCCACCACGAGAAGUGUAAUAGCAAGAGCCCAAUCGCAAAAAUCGGCUCUAAUGCCACUCCAACCACAACCAUCCCCACAAAGCCAUCGCAUUCUACAGCUCAACAAGUAAUACUGGAAGUCAAUGGCGAUGUGGCGAUGUCGAAUGCAAUGAAGCGGCAACCAGGCGAAGGAAAUUGCAUUUUUAUGUACGAUGGAUUGAAGAAAAGAACCGCCGGAGAGGAUAAGAGUAGUGGACAAGAACUUGUUUUUCCCGUUGACAAUUGUUUAACCAAUCGCCAAACACAUGCCUCCUUCUUCAUUGAAUCAAUUCCAACAUCAGCAGAGGGAAGCUCCGCCCCUACAACACCAUCAACAAUAGCAACAUCGACAAGCCCCGCUCUUUCGGAACAAGUCUCCGCUCCAAUCAAUAUGAAACCAGUCAAAGAGCAGUGUCACCAGAUCAACAGAGAACGAGUGAAGCAAGAGAAGAGAAAGAAGAAAUCGGAGCAAGGAAAAGGCAAAGAAACGAGCGGAGGAAGCCAAAAAGUUGAGGAUUCUGGAGGAAAAACGGAUUGCCGAAGAAAAUGGAAUACGUAA